AUGAAAACAUGUUGUAGAAACUUAAUUUAUAUCCUUUUUAUUUUUUUUAUUUUUUUAUUUUUUUUUUAUUUUCUUUAUCUUUUUUUUUCACUUAGUAAUAAAAAAACUAAAGGAUCAACAUUAAGAAAUUUUUUAAUUUUAUUAAGUUUUUUAAUAUUAUUUAUUAUUUUUAUUUUAAUUUAUAAUAAUAAUAAUAAUAAUAAAAAUUUUGAUGUUGAAGAAGACAUUGAAAAUAAUAAUGAUAAUAAAAAUAAUCAUAAUUAUUCACUUUCAAAAUACAACAAGAUAAUAUCAAACAAAUAUUCAAUCAGUAAAAUAAACAUAGAAUUUUAUAAUAAAAAAAAUAAUAAUAAUAAUGAUAACAAUAAUAACAAUAAUGUUUUAAUAUCAGUUAUUAUUCCAAUUUAUAAUCAAUUAAAAUAUAUUGAGUAUACACUAAAUUCAUUGAAAGAAUCAACAUUUAAGAAUUUUGAAGUUAUAGUUGUUGAUGAUGGUUCAACAGAAUGGAAUUCAAAGAAACAUUUAAUAUCAUUAUUUAAUAAAUUUAUUGAUGAAAUGAAUAUUACAAUAAUUUUUAAUAGAAAUAAAGGGUUAUCAUAUUCAAGGAAUGUUGGUAUUGAAUUCUCAACUGGUACUUGGAUACUACCUUUAGAUUCAGAUGAUUUAAUCGAUAAAUCAUUUUUUGAGAAAGCAAUUUUAAAAAUUGAAAAAAAGAGACUACAACAAUCCCAAGAUAAUAUUGAUAAUAUAGUAGUUAUUUCAAAUUUAUUAAGAUUUAAAAAUAGUAAUAUUGAUGAUAAGAAGGGUUAUGUUAAUAAAGUUGGUGAUUGGAAAAUACCAAAAUGGAAUAGAAACCUUUUAAGAAAUUCAAAUUUAUUACAUUGUUCAGCAUUAUUCAAAAAAUCAAUGUGGAAAAAUGUUGGUGGAUAUGAUGAAUCUUGUUGGUUUGGUUGGGAAGAUUGGGAUUUUUGGUUACGAGCUGAUAGAUACUUUUUUAAUCAUAAGCAUCAUAAGCAUUUAAAUAAUAAGAAUAAAGAUGAUCAAGAUGAUGAUGAUGAUGAAGAUCAUUAUCAACAUAAACAGUUUGAAAUUAAAAAAUCAACAUCACCAAUUGAAUUUAAUAAUCAAGAUAAUUUUAAAAGUGGUUUAAAUCCAUUGGUAAUCGAAGAGGAAUUGUUUUAUUAUAGAUUAAAUCAAGAAGGUUUACAUUCAUUUUGUAAAGAAAAUUUUAAAUUAUGUUUCUCAAUGUUUCAAACAUUACAUCCUUUAGAAUAUUCAAUCGAAGAAUUAUUAUUAUCUCAUAGAUAUAUUGGUAAAUAUGGCCACACAUUAAUUAAAAAUUCAUUGAUUAAUGAAAUAACAAAACAUCCAAAUUUAUCAAUGCCAUAUUUUUGGUUAGCUUUAAUUUAUCAUUAUGGUAUUGAUAGUAAUAAUAGUAAUAAUAAAAUGAACUAUGAAAAAGAUGAUAAUAAUCAAAUUAAAAUUAGAAAUUUAUAUCAAAAAUCAAUAGAUUUAGAAAAAAGAUUUGAUUGGUGUUGGCAAAUGAAAUUACAUAAAUCUAUCAUAGAAUUAAAUACUCUAUUUUUUAAUCAAGCUAAAAAAGAUUUAUCACAAUUAUUUUCAAAAUAUUCAAAUAUUGAAUUGGGUGAAAAGGUAUUUACAAUUUAUCAAAUAAAUAUCAAAUAA